AUGCUGGAAGAUGGACUUUCAGAUGUCAGGCACUUCAUAGCUAAAUUGACUAAUUAAUCGUUUGCCGUGUGGAGUGAUAGCAUCUCAAAGUCAUAGCCUAUCUGUAGACAUAAAGAGGAUUGCAUUUCAACGGGAACUGGUGUAUAUGUAGAACAGUAUGGGGGUGCACAUGGUAGAGAAUAAGUAAAUUGAUUGGACGCUGUUUAAACGGAGGCACCGAGUGAUAUCGACCAGACAACAAACCCCGAUUUAGUUUAAAAAAAAAUCCCGUCGAUCUCACACACGGACCAUGGCAGCGGUAACAAGCCCGGAAUCGAGCGCUCAGCCGCGGGUUUACUUCCAAACACCCCCCGGGACUGAAGAGGAAGUCCCCCAAAAACAAGGACGAGUGACGGUGAAAUAUGACAGAAAGGAGCUGAGAAGGAGGCUCAAUCUGGAGGAGUGGAUAGUUAGCCAGUUAAUGAAUUUAUACGACUGUGAGGAAGAUGAAGUGCCCGAGCUGGAGAUCGAUGUGGACGAGCUACUGGAUCUCCCCAGUGAUGUAGAGAGAGCUAUCAGAGUGAAGAUGCUGCUUGUUGACUGUUACAAACCCAAUGAUGACUUUGUGGAUGCUUUGCUUGAGAAGGUACGAGGCAUGCAGAAACUCAACACCCCACAGAAAAAGGGGGAUGUGACCCCAUGAAACCCAGCAGCUCUUCAACACCAUCACCUGUCCCUUAAACCGUGUGUAGUGGAGAACACAAACUCAACCACUACACUACAGUGUGUCAAUCAAAACUGAGCGAGGAGCUCAGCCAAGCCAAUCUCAGCUGCAGGUUAAUCACUACUACUGUCUUACUUUAUUUCACUACUGUUUCCUUAAUAUAUUCUUCCCAUAGAGUGUGUGCUAGUGUCCUUUAGCUUCAGUGUACUGUACAAGAGAGGAUGUGUUGUGGAAUGGCUAGUGUUCACUUUUAUAUGCUAAACAAACACUAAGUGCCAUAAGACAUGGCUUUGUGUAUCUGUUAUUGAAUAGAAAAAUAGGUUUAGACUUUUUGUCCAUGUAGAUUUUCCACUUAGUGUCUUUUUAUUCCUUUAUAAGUAACUCUUCUUUCAAAUGGGCUAUGGCAGCUAAUAGAGAUAAGAAAGUGUUUAAGUGCUAUUCGAUGUGAAUUAGGGAAUGAUGGGGGGUGUUUGCUUUUCAUUUAAGGGGUAGCUGAACAGAUUUUUUGCUUCAAGCUUUAGGUUUUGUAAUUUUGUUGCUCUAAAACAACAUAUUGAUCUUGAGAUCAACAAAUCAGUCUGAACUGUAGCAAUACCUUGAGUGCAUUUGUUAGUUUUGUUACAUUUUACCAUUCUCCAUAGAUGCAGACACAGAAAUUAAGGAGUCAGAAUGAAAUGGUUGACAUUGUGUAGUUUAUGUCUAGUUCUGAUAAAUCAAGUCCUGACAUUUUUGUACACAACAUUUUACAAAGAAAAAGUAAACACAAUUCCUGUUGCUGGAAUGAAUGACUGCUGUAUGCACUCUCACAACCAAAUGUGUGUAGUAAGAUUCUUAAUAAAAUAAAGAAUGGUGCUGAAAACA